GAUGGUCCUAUUUUAUUUACUGCUGACAGCCAGAAUGGGGGGUUGCUCAAAUGAUCACAAUUUUGUGACAAAGACUGUUGAUGUUGGACAAAAUGUGACACUUUCGUGUAUUCGCCAGCACACACUUUUGCACCAGGACACAUUAUUUUGGAUCAGACUUGUUUCUGGAAACCAGUUUGAAUUCUUGGGAGGAACAUUCACCUUUGAUUAUGACGAUGUUAACAAUACGUCUCAUAUUACAGUAAAACAAGAACCUGGAACCUUUAUUAUGCAAAUCAGUAAAACUAAACUAAGUGAUACUGGUUUAUACUACUGCAUAAAAGUCAGACAGCUUGCUGUGACCUUUUUGGAGGGAACAUUUCUGACCAUCAAAGGACCAGAACCUGAUGUCAUACAAGUGCGAUCUUCUGAUCGUAUUCAUUCAGGAGACCAAGAGACUCUGCAGUGUUCAGUCCUCUCUAAGUAUGAGAAGAAAACUUGUCCAGAAAAUCCCAGUGUGUACUGGUUCAGAGCUGGAUCAGACAAAUCCCAUUCCAUUCAUGUUCAUGGAAACAGUGGUGAUGAAUGUGAGAGGAGUCCUGAAGCUCCCUCACAACGUAAAUGUGUCUACAGCUUCUCAAGGAAUGUCAGCUCCUCUGAUCCUGGGCUUUACUACUGUGCUGUGGCCAUAUGUGGACAGAUCAUCUUUGGAAAUGAAUCAAAACUGGAUAUUAAAGCAGCUGACAUGUGGGAUUUGCAGACGGCCAACACAGCUCUCUUUUUGUUAUGUGCUGCUUUGGUUACAAGUCUGAUGGUUAUAGGUUUCCUCAUCUAUACCAUUAAGAAAAAAUCUUGUCAUUGUUGUAACGGUAAUAGACAUUAUUUAUUUAUUCAUUUAUUUAUUUGUUUGUUUUUUGUUGUUUUUUUUAAUCAGCCUACAGCAUCUUUCAUCUUAGAUGUCUCUGUCGUCCUAACAGGCAGUGAUGGUGAUCAGCAAGGUCAGCAGACAGAAGAGGACCUCAUGGUUUAUACUGUACCAACUUUCACCAGAAGGAAAAAUGGCAAAGUAGAGCGAAGGAAUGGAAAAGUAACAGAGGGAGAAACAGUCUACAGUGAUGUCAGUGUUUUAGCGAGAAAUUAACUAUUCAUGUACUGAAUAAUGUCUACUCAUUAGUACUAUAGUUGUUCUGGUAAACUGUAGGACUUAACAGCAUUGAGGCUUGAUAUCCCUUCUGAAGAAUUUCUUUGUCAUACUGAAUACUCUGCAAUUCCUCAAUUCUAAUAUCACACAUUUGUAUUCUGUAGAAGUCCAGUUUUUGUGUGUGCUAUUUUGUUUAAAUUUGUUUUCUUGUUUGUUUGUUUUGGGGGUUUUUUGGUUUGGGAAGAGGGUGUGAUGCUCUUUGGUGGCUUUACGUCCCUCUUUUGUCUAAUGUGCGUUAAUUACUAACACAAUUAUUAAUAGUGUUAAAUAUACUUCAUGUGUGUUCCCUGCCUAUGUGCCCUGUGAAUUUCCCAACUAUGGGACUAAUAAAAGCUAUCUUAUAUUAGUAAAGUCAGUCCUCUGUUUGUACAUAUUAUAUAACCCUCUGUUCCUCUUUGUGCAAGUGUCAGUUCAUUUUCCUCAUGUGCUGCUAUGAGUUAUUCUGCAUGUUCUC